UGACCCGAGAGCUGCCGUUGUUGGGAGCGGUUGGCGCUUCCCCCGGCGCUGACCUUCACGCGGCUUUGUGGGGCUGCGGGUCCCUCGGGUAAUUAUGGCUUCAUUAGUGCCACGCACCCCGGUCCCGCGCUGCACCCACAUAAUACAGAGCCACAAAUGAGGGGAAAGGCCUGACCGGUUUCCGAGCUACCGACAACAAAGACCACGCAUCUCCCAGAGACCGGACGGUAUUUUUGGCAGCGCUAUUGUGCGGGGCCGGGGGCUGGGGGGGGCCGCCCCUAUAAAGCCCCGGUGUGCGGCUCAGGGCUGCGUUCCUCAGCCCCAGCAGGACAUGCGCCAGCGCCGCUCGGCCACCUGAAGACACCCAGAAGGAUGGAGGUGCCCAACACCAAGCUGCAGCGAUCCGCCUGCCUCCUGCUGCUGCUGCUGCUGCUCUGCUCCCUGGCCGGGGCCCGGCAGAGCCUGCCCGAGUGCUGCCGGCAGAAAACCUGCUCCUGCCGUAUCUACGACCUCCUGCACGGCAUGGGCAACCACGCCGCCGGCAUCCUCACACUGGGCAAGAGGAAGAGCAUCCCGCCGGCAUUCCAGAGCCGGCUGUACCGCCUGCUGCACGGCUCCGGCAACCACGCGGCGGGUAUCCUCACCAUGGGCAAACGUGAGGAGCGCCCCGGCACCGCCUGCCGCGACGCGCCGAGCUGCGCUGCGGGCACUCAGCCGACGGUGACCCCGAGGGGCGCUGCUGCCAGCCCCAGGGAGUGCCAGGAGCACGCCGAGAAGGACCUGACCAAGGGCAGGGGAGCGGCGAAGAGCUUUUACUGA